AUGCAGUCUCUUGCAAGUCAUACUCAAACGUUUCGUCCUUUCAAAAAGGCCACCAAAAAGGUGACUGAGACAAAAGAAAAAAUCCAUUGGAGUGAUCCCAAGUACACUGCAAAGAAGAGAGAAAACAAAUCUUUUGAAGCUUAUCAACAAGCCGUUCUCUUAUCUUUUUUAAAUCAAUACUGUUCAAUAACAAUUGAAAAAAGAAGACGACAACCAACGGUGACCACGAGUAUCCCUAAUAUAAAAUCCUUACGAUUCGAAGCCGAAGAAAUCGAUGUCGCAAGACUUGCUGAGGAGCGGUGUAGUCAAACAUUCGACGAAAAACACUUCACAGGCAAGAAUCAACAAACGGCAACACGACGUGUUCAAAAGAACAAGCGGAUUUUCAUCCACAAUUUUUUACUCGAUGUCUUAGUCGAAAAGGGCUUCUUUUUUAACUCCAAAAUGUCGAAGAAAAGUAAACGGGGCUUUCAACUCGAGCGCCUCAAACAUGUUUUCUUUAACAAUCAAUUCAUAAUGGGUAAGAAGGAAAUAGAAACCGUUGGCGAACAAGUUAACACCAUUUUAUGUAAACUCGUCACAGACACAGUUUCCGUCGUCACUAUAGAAAAAAACGACCCAAGACUGAUGUUGACAAAAACUUUUUAA